UCGUACAAUGCCGAACGAUUUGAAAGACAAAGUUGUUUUAAUUACGGGGGCGGCCAUUGGAAUAGGUUCUAUUUCUGUACCAUUGUUUCUUGAAGAAGGAGUCAAGCAUAUCGCAAUAACAGAUAUCGACGUUGAUUCGGGAAAACAACUCCAACAAGAACUAAACUCUAAAUACCCCGGUCGAGUCUCGUUCAUAAAAUGUGACGUCACCAAUGAUGAAGAACUGUUUGCUGCUUACGAUCAAGUUUUGAAACAAUAUGGUUAUAUCGACUUUGUUGUUAACAACGCGGGUCUGAUGAACGAUGGCCCUAAGGUGUACAAGAAAGCAGUUGAAGUGAACGUGACAGCUCUCGUAACCAGUUCCUUGAAAGCAUGGGAUCUUAUGCGUAAAGACAAGUCCGGACGAGGUGGCGUUAUUGUUAACAUAGCUUCUAUAGCGGGAAUAAUCCAAAAUCCGUUUUUGCCUGUUUAUAACGGUACUAAGAGCGCAGUACUGCAGUUCAGUAAUUGUCUUGGGAUCUCUGAAAGUUAUGAAAAGACAGGUGUUAAAGUAAUAGCGGUCUGCUACGGAGCAACAAACACUAGUCUCCUGUCUAAACAUAAAAUGCAAAGCUUUUCUGAUUUGUACGAAAACAUGGAUGAAGUUGUUAAACAAUAUCCUGCUCAAAGUGCUGAGGACGCUGCUAAAGGCUUAGUUGAAGCCUGCAAACGAGGCGAAAGUGCCAGCACUUGGCUCGUGGCAGACGGUAAACCUGCUAAAGACAUCACUCCUGUUGUGCAAAAAGCCUACGCUUUAUUCCAUGAAGCAAUAUAUGGGAACUAACUACUAAUACAAUUUGAUUGGAGAUUCGCAUCGCACGCAUCGUUAAAUGUAUCCACGUCCACGAUCUUAACGUAAUUUUAUUAAGCGUUGACAGCUUUUUAACAUUUGAUUUAAUAAAA